AUGUCUGCAGAGCGAGCAAAGAUGCUCAAGGCGUGGAAGAUGGAAAGGACAAGGAAAUGGCAUGAAAAGAAAGCGAAUGCACGCGCCGCACGGAUACGCUUUCAAAAUGUCUCUUUAUCGAGUCAACCAAAGCCCAAGCCAGAGAUCCUGCCUCUGCCAGACCCUGCGGAAGUGGUCGUCAGUCCAGACGGAAAGGGACUGACCGCUCCUCGGGAAUGGACCCCAAAAUCGAGACGAGUGGGUCUCAUUGCCGUAAAGAAGGGGAUGACAGCGAUCUGGGACGAGAAGGGGAUCCGAGUCCCUGUUACGGUCCUCCAAGUCGAGGAUAAUCAAGUAACGGCGAAUAUCUUGACUGUUCGAUCUGGAAACCGUCCACCAUACAGAGCCGUUCAGAUUGGUGCUAGGAAUAUAUCACCCGAAAAGGCUCAUAUUGGAAUGCGCGGUCACUUCCGCAAAGCAGGGUUCCAUGCAAACAAUAUGUCAAAGAGUUUGAGCAUUCAAGGAACUGCACUAUCAUCAAUCCACUUUGUGCCCGGCCAAUAUGUCGAUAUUCAGGCCACCACGAUGGGUAAAGGCUUCCAAGGUGUAAUGAAACGAUGGGGCUUCUCUGGAGGCACCGCCAGUCACGGAAACUCUCUCGCUCAUCGUACUCCUGGAUCGACUGGUCAACACCAAGAUCCAGGUCGCGUGUGGCCAGGCACAAAGAUGCCGGGACGUAUGGGUGGGAAACGACGCACUAUGCAAAACCUUUACGUCGUCCGAGUUGAUACGCACUUGAACCUGAUCUUCGUCAAGGGAAACGUUCCUGGACCGGACGAUGGGCGGACUCCUGUGUAUAUUACCGAUGCGAAGAAGAGACUCCAGAGCGAGGUGCUCCGACUCCAUCUCAAGUCUGGUGGUGAAGGUGAAUGGGUGACCUUGGAUGCUGCCGGAAAACCUCUUCCGCCGCCGAAAGGUGGUAAAGAUGAAGGGAAGACAGAGGUCAACAAGGGUCUUGGACGAGGUGUGCUCGGAUUACCGUUCCCUGCUGGUACGGCUGCGAUGGCAAAGCAAUACGCUCCGAUUCUUGUCGCACCCAGCGUGAGAGUGACGAGUCCCUGGACAGCGGACGCAUAG